AUGUCUAAUUUGAAUAUUGAAUCAGAUAAUACCAAUACCAGAAAUGAAGGGCAAUACAAAAACACAGAAGAUGUAUUUUCUAAUAAUAUGUCAUCAUCAUCACAAUAUCAGUACCCUGCUGUGAGCCAACAACAACAACCGUUUUCAGAUCCUUCUUCAACAGCAACAUCUAUCUCAUAUUCAAUGUCUGAUAUGAUCUCACCACAACAAUUUGGCGUCAAGGAAACAGUUCUACCGAAGACUAAUCCUAAAUCUCCUUAUUAUAUAAGUGUCCCAAUUCCUCAAGCUUUGCUGUCACCUAAUGAUCCAAAUGCGAAAUAUAAAAGUAGCGACGAUUUAGAGGAUGAUCAAUACGUUAAAGAAUAUCCAACCUCCAUUAUGGCUGAUAGAUUUCACAAAUGGAAGAAAAUAUUAAAAGGUUUAAUCAAUUACUUAAGAGAAGUAGCUUAUGCUCAAGAACAAUUUGCUAGAAUUAAUUUACAAUUGAGAAGUUCUGUGAAAUUCCCAUUCUUGACAGAUAUUCAAGAAGGUUCCAAUAAAUUGAUCGAUCCAUUAACGACAACUAAACCGAUUAAAAGACAACAACCAUUAACUUUAGCAGAAAAAAAGAAACAAGAAGAAAUGGCUCUAUAUAACGGAUCACCUGCUCCUCCUACACAAACUAGAUCAAUGAGUGCAAUAAUUGAUGAAAGCUCAAUGACCUUAAAUGAUUAUCAGGCAAUUAAACCCGAAGAAUAUGACGAUACAUCAGCUACUUCAGGAUUUAUGAAGUUUGGAUCCGGUUCUAUUCAAGAUACCCAAGUUAUUUUGAAAAAAUACCAUCUUUCAUUAGCUAACCAACAAUUUAAAAUCUCAAAAGAAAUUACAACAACUUUACUUCCUAAAUUAGAAGAACUUCGUAAGGAUCUACGUAUUAAGAUUCAAGAAAUCAAAGAGAUCCAUGGUGAUUUUAAAACAAAUAUUAAUCAACACAUUAAAUUAACAACUCAAUUACUGAAUAAAUAUAUGACUUCAAUAAAAGUAAUGAGCUCAAUAUCAUCAAAUCAUAGCCAUCAUGAAUAUCAACCAAAACACGAUCCAUAUCUUUUAAAGUUACAAUUAGAUUUGCAAUUAAAACGUCAAUUAUCCGAAGAAAAUUACUUAAAAGAUGCAUAUAUUAAUUUACAAACGUCUGGUAUGCAAUUAGAAAAAAUUAUAUAUUCUAAAAUUCAACAUACAUUGCAAAGAUAUUCUGCAUUAAUUGAUUCCGAAGCUCGUUUAAUGAUUAAAAACCUUUGCCAAGAAUUACAACAAGGUUUAUUAUCAAGACCACCUGCAUUUGAAUGGGAUCAUUUUGUGGCUCACCAUCCAUUAUGUUUAAUGAAUUGGAAGUCAAAUGACCCUGUGCCAACACCAAGGAAAAUAUCUGAAAUCAUAUAUCCAAAUAUGAAAUCACCAUUGGCAAAAUGUAUAAGAGCUGGUUACUUUUUGAAAAAUGAUCAUAAAAGUUAUUUCAUUCUAACAUCAAACUAUAUUCAUGAAUUCAAAUCAAGUAAUUUUUUUAACCCGUCUUUAAAUAACUCAUCAACGACACUUCCCUUAUCUAAGAACUCAUCAGAUUCACAAUCAACCAUCCAAUUGGACCAACAAAAUCAGAAUGAAUCAUUAUCGUCUUCACAACGUCACGUACGCCAUCAUUCCACGGAAGUAUACAUACCUGGCCAAAAGAAAUUACAUCAUACCAAUUCAAACGGAUUACUCCCACUUAAUAGUAUUUCAUUGAACGAUUGUCAAGUAACAGAGGCUACAGAUAAUCAUUUUACAAUUGUUGGUAAAUUAUCUGAGAAUACCACAACUCAAUCAAGUUCGACAACCCUUUCAGGUCAAUCCUUAGCGAAACCCAAAGCUGCAAACGCUUUAUCAAAAUCAACACAAUCUUCUUCCACUUCACUUGCUCCUCAUCAUAAAUAUCGUCUUCCAAAUCUUUUGAAAAGUACAGUUAAAUCAAAAAAGGAUUCUAAAGUUAAUUUGAAUAAUUCUUCCCAUUCGAUGGUUCCAUUAGCAAAUGCUACCCAAGGUUCAUCCAAUAAGCAAGAGACUGUUACAUGGGUCUUUAAACCUGUCUCUAAAGAUUUGACUGAAGAAGAGUUAAACCAUUUUAAGAAAUGGAUCCAAGAUUUGAAAAAUCUGACGAAACAAAAGACUAUUAAGGAUAGAAGUAAAUUUAUUGAAGAUCGUUUGAUGAAAGCUCAUAAUCGAUCCAAGAGUAAAAUCAUUCAAUAUCAACAAUCCGAACAACAGAAAUUUUCUCAUCAACAACAACAGCAACAGCAACAGCAGCAGCAGCAACAGGCAUCAAUAAAUGAUUAUAAUACAAACAAACCACAAUAUAUACAAAUACAAAACACGCCAGCAGCUGAUAUGAGCGGAUUUAGAUCAAAAUUGAAUACACCAGCUAUUGAUGAUAAUGGUAAUUUGAUCACUUUGAACGAAAGAAGAUAUGUUCCAUCUAUCGCAAUGGUUCCAUCACCAACUAUAUCUCCAUCCGGUAGUUCCCAAUCUUCAAACACUUACUCAUAUAAUCUUCACAACCAACAGCAAAUGCAACAGCAAACCGAACAGCUGCAAAAACAGCAACAACAACAACAACAACAACAACAACAACAACAAAAAUAUGGCGGGAUGGCGCAAAAUUCGAGACCAGGUUCUGCUCCUGGUUCUGGGGCAUCUACACCUAAUCCUUCGGUUAUGCUUCAUCAAAGACAGAUAUCUUUAAAUAAUGUAGUUAUGAAUCAGACUCAAAAUAUUACACGUCCGUUAAAUUCACCUGAUAGUUAUAAUUCAGAAAGUAGUAACGGUGGUUACUUUGCUCUUCCUGUUAGAGGCCAACAAGUUGGUAACUAUUCUCUUAUGAAUAAUAAUAAUAAUCAAUCACAAGCCUCUACGCCAGACAACCAACCAGUUCAACAACAAUAUUACGUAAAUCCAUUAUCCCGUACUUCAAGUCGUGGAACCCCUGCAUCCUCUAGACAUCCCUCUCAAUAUCAAGUGUCUCUUAAUAUGCAACAAGUGAUUCCUAAAGUCAAAUUAAAUAAUGAAGAAAUGAGAAAUAUUUCAAACCCGAAUGGCCUAGUGGAGGACCCUAAUGUCAUGAUGGCAACUGUCACCCCUUCGUCACAAUCGCAAGUGCAAAAUUCAUUAGUAAAUAAUGCAGAUCAAAGUUUUGACACACAACCUGAUUUUCCCCAUCGCACACUAAAAAAAUUCACAAGUACAGGCAGUGUUCCACAAAUAGUUCAUACUGACAGUAGUCCUAAUUUAAGUUCACCAUCUAAUUGGGGUAUUAAUAAUGGUAGUCUACCCACAACAACAGCAUCAUCAUCAGCAGCAGCAAGUAUGUACCAAAGAAGUAAUCAUAGUGCACAAAAUCUUACCACGCCAACAUCUAAUAGUGCAAACCCAACUGGCACUAUGCAAAGAAUACACCCUGUAAGAAAACACAAGAAAAAUGUCUCAUUUAGUUCAUUGAAUAGUCUAAUGUUUUCCAAGAAAGCUCCAAAUAUAUCUUCACAAUUCAUGGGCAGUGGUGGAAUCCAAGAAGAUGAUGGCGAUUCUGAUUCAAUAAAGUUGACCAGAUCAAUCUAUUCAUGA